GCCAUGUCGGUGAGGGUGCGGUUCUUGUCCCCUGGGGACACAGGGGCCGUGGGGGUCGUGGGCCGGAGCGCCUCCUUCGCAGGUUUCAGCAGUGCACAGAGCCGGAGGAUCACAAAGUCCAUCAACAGGAACUCCGUGAGAUCACGAAUGCCUGUAAAAUCCUCCAAGAUGUACGGCACGCUGAGGAAGGGGUCCGUUUGUCUGGACCCCAAGCCCCAGCAGGUGAAGAAGAUCUUUGAAGCGUUGAAGAGAGGCCUCAAAGAGUAUCUGUGCAUCCAGCAGGCUGAGCUGGAUUACCUGUCUGGACGCCACAGGGACACCCGGAGGAAUUCCAGGCUGGCUUUCUAUUAUGACCUGGACAAGCAAACACGCUCUGUGGAAAGACACAUUAGGAAGAUGGAAUUUCACAUCAGCAAGGUGGACGAACUCUAUGAGGGCUACUGCAUCCAGUCCCGCCUGCGUGAGGGUGCCUGCAACAUGCAGCGGGCCUUCUCCAGGUGCCCACCGAGCCGCGCCUCCCGCGACAGCCUGCAGGAGCUGGGCCGCAGCCUGCACGAGUGCACCGAGGACAUGUGGCUCAUUGAGGGGGCCCUGGAGGUACACCUGGGAGAGUUCCAUGUCAGGAUGAAAGGCUUGGUGGGCUACGCACGCCUGUGUCCCGGAGACCAGUAUGAGGUGCUCAUGCGCCUGGGCCGCCAGCGCUGGAAGCUGAAGGGCCGGAUCGAGUCGGAUGACAGUCAGACCUGGGAUGAGGAGGAGAAGGCCUUCAUCCCCACCCUGCACGAGAACUUCGACAUCAAGGUGACAGAGAUGCGGGGCCUGAGCUCGCUGGUGGUGGGCACCGUGACGUGUGACAUUGCUGACUUCUUCACGACGCGGCCACAGGUCAUCGUGGUGGACAUCACAGAGCUGGGCACCAUCAAGCUGCAGCUGGAGGUGCUGUGGAACCCGUUUGAUACUGAGAGCCUCCUGGUGUCAGCCAGCCCCAUGGGCAAGUUUUCUGUGGGCAGCAGGAAGGGAUCCCUGUACAACUGGACACCCCCGAGCACCCCCAGCUUCCGGGAGAGAUACUACCUGUCUGUCCUGCAGCAGCCAGCACAGGAGGCCUUGCUGCUAGGUGGGCCAAGGGCCACCUCCAUCCUCAGCUACCUGUCCAACAGCGACCUUCGGGGUUCCAGCCUGUGGAGCCGGAGUCAGGAGCUGCCUGAGAUGGACUCUUUCAGUUCUGAGGACCCCCGAGACACCGAGACCAGCACAUCAGCCUCCACCUCGGAUGUGGGGUUCUUGCCCUUGGCACUUGGCCUCAAUGCCUCCAUUGAAGAGGAGGCCCAGGAGGAGCCCCCGUCCCCGGGCCUUCUGCCAGACAUGGCCCACCUGGUGGAAGGCUCAUUUGUGGAGCAGCCCGGCUGGAGAAACUUGGGAGUAGAGAGCCCCAACCUACCCCAGGGCUUCCCAUUCCGCAGCUGCACAAUCCCAAAUAGUGAGAAAGGCCAGGAUGAAGGAGAAACCAGGGACGGAACAGAUGGGCCUGGCUUGGCCCUCGAGAGGCCUCUGCAGGAGGUCCUGGAGUUACUGAGGUCCAUGGACCCCGCCCAGCCCCAGCUCCGGGAGCUGGAGUACCAGGUCCUCAGCCUCAGGGACCGGCUGAAGCCACGCAGAGCCCAGCAGGAGAACGCGUCUGCUGAGAGCCUGAUGGAGUGCAUCCUGGAGAGCUUCGCCUUCCUCAACUCAGACUUCACCCCAGACGAGUUGUCCCUGCUCAGGGGAUCCCAGGGCCCCGGAAAGGACAGGACCCCGCCCCCACUGCCAUCAUUGAGAGCAUCAUCCAGGGAGCUCACAGCCGGUGCCCCGGAGCUGGACGUGCUGCUCACAGUCCACCUCCAAGUCUGCAAAGCCCUGCUGCAGAAACUGGCCUCCCCUAAUUUGUCAAGGAUGGUCCAGGAAUGCCUUCUGGAAGAAGCAGCGCAGCAAAAGCAAGUUCUGGAGACGCUUUCUGUCCUUGAUUUUGAGAAGGUCAGCAAGGCGGCAAGCAUUGAAGAGAUCAUUCCACAGGCCACGCGGAGGAAGGGGUGCCUGAAGCUGUGGCGAGGGUGCACAGGGCCUGGCAGGGUCCUGUCCUGCCCCGCCACGACUCUACUGAACCAGCUCAAGAAAACGUUCCUGCACAGAGUCAGAGGGAAAUACCCAGGACAACUGGAGAUAGUGUGCCGCAGGCUCCUGGAGCAGGUGGUCAGCUGCUGUGGGCUGCUCCCUGCAGCUGGAGCUGGGCCCCCCGAAGAACAGACCAUCACCUGGUUCCAGUUUCAUAGCUACCUGCAGAAGCAGAGCGUCUCCGACCUGGAGAAGCACUUCGCCCAGCUCACCAAGGAAGUAACGCUCAUCGAGGAGCUGCACUGCACGCAGCAGGUGCAGACAGUCAGGAAGCUGCAGGGGAAGCGGCUGGGCCAGCUCCAGCCCCUGCCCCAGACCUUACGAGCCUGGGCAGUGCUCCAGCUGGACGGGCCCCCGCGGGUGUGCAGGGCAGCCAGCACUUGCCUGGCCAGCGCAGCCAAGAACAGAAGCUUCCGGGAAAAGGCCGUGCUCUUCUACACCAGUGCCCUGACCGAGAAUGACACCGAACUCCAGCAGGCCGCGUGCAUGGCACUCAAACAGCUCAAGGGCAUUGAAAGCAUCGAUCAGAUCGUCAGCCUGUGCCAGUCUGACCUGGAGGCUGUGCGUGCAGUGGCCCGGGAAACCACACUGUCAUUUGGUGAAAAAGGACGCUUAGCUUUUGAGAAGAUGGACAAACUUUGCUCAGAACAAAGAGAAGUCUUUUGCCAGGAGGCAGAUGUGGAAAUCACAGUAUUUUAA